AUGGAGCAACAACAACAACAGCAGAAACACCAACAACAUCAGCAGCACCAGGGACAACCCAGCCGCAUCACAACACCCUACCUAUCACCUCCACAGCUCCCCCCGAAAUCGGUCGUCACAACCAACAAAUCACCUCACAAUCCUCACGACCUUCGUCAUCCUACAACCCUGACACACUCUUACAGCCCACAUCCUCUUCGCAACCCUCACUAUACAUGCAACAUUCACUAUCCUACAACUCUGACACAUUCUUACAACCCUCGCUAUCUUCACAACCCUUUCCAUCUCACAACCUUCACCCUCUUCACAUUCAUUCACAUCCUCACAACCACACAUCCUCACAACCACCAAUCCUCACAACCCUCACACAUCAUAACAACCCUCACACUUCCUCAUUCUCACAACUCUCACACAUCUUCACAACCCCCACAUCUUCAUAACUAUCACACAUCUUCACAAGCCUCACAUAUCCUCACAACCGUCAUCCAUCCUCACAACCCUCACACAUCUUCAUCCUCACAACCCCCAUAUAUCCUUACAAUCCCCACAACCCCCACAUCCUCACAACCCCCACAUCCUCACAACCCCCACACAUCCUCACAACCCCCACAUCCUCACAACCCUCACACAUCCUUAUAA